AUGGUGCAGAAUGAAAAGUGGACCCUUGAACUCAUGGCAAAGGCUUACCUGCAAAGGAUGUCGGUAAUUUGGUCAAGUCCUCUUUCUGAUGUCAAGUGUGUUGCAGCUUCUAACCAGUUUGCUCUUCCUCUGCUUACCCACUUGAUGUGGACCCAGAACUGGCCCAUCACUAAGCCUAGAUUGAUUGACAGAGAGGUGAGAAAGAUCAUUUGCAAGAGUGGAGGUAAACACAACUCAGUUCCACAACUGUAAUGUACCUUUCAAGAUACAAGGGAGGGUGUGGUUUAUGAUCAGUUGUGCAGGAUUGUAAACUCAAUAAAAUCAAGCCAGUGGUGAAACUGUAUCAGAACCCAGAUCCUCCAUGAGAGCCAUUCCGAUGUUUGAAAAGAAAGCUAUUGAGAAAGGGCUUUCAUUGUGAGUCACAGAAGCAAAUAAGUUCACAGAGGAGCUGGGGACAAGUCUCCUGUUGUGUAUAGUAAAAGAUACAUGACUGAGGAGCGAAACUUUAAGAAGAUUAUAUUACCACAGGGCGUGAAGGGUUGAAAUUGUUACGGCUUUCUUAUAACCAAAACACCCAUUCUUUGAAAGAGGAAUUUGGGCUAAUGCUGGUAGCCACGCAUCUGCAAGAAGCCAGGUGACUCAGGCUUCUCAUCUACAUAAAAUAUUUCUAAAAUCAUAGCAUUUUAAUCAUUCAGAAACUUUUUUAUGUGGCACACCUGUCACUUUAUUCUUAGUUUCUGGGAAAUUUUUCAUAGCCCUUCCAAAAACCCACUGUUAAAAAAUCAUGCCCUUGCUCAAAAUCAUCAUAUAGUCAGCCUCUACCCUCCAUUAAUAAACAGCUUUCAUUAACACAAGUACAAACUAAGACAUCAUCAUUGAUAGUUAGAGGACAGAAAGUCUCUCUCUCCGUAAGUUCUCUCGCCUUAUCUCAACCAUUAACCCAGCUGUAUAUGCUGCCAAAAUUGUCAACAUGCAAUCAGUAGUAAUGGUAACAUCAUUUCUCAUGUUUUUUUGCAGCCUUUACAAGGACAUUGACCUUAUUUACGACAGGGAGAAGACCCCUAUUGCCCCAGUUGCUAUCAACAGCUUCUCAGGUAACAUAUGGCAAAGUGAGCCAUAAAAAAAAAUAUAAUAAAAAAGUAUGCAAAAUGUGUACCUUUUCAGCAGUCCCUACUCAAAGGGUGAGUUACUUCUGGUAGGUGGUCUAUGCAGAGAGUUUCCCCUUCUAAAUGGCACAGGGAUUUAAUUUGUAGGUUCUCUGGUGAGUGACUGAAAAUCCUGAAUCUUCAACCCUGACGCUAUCCUAACACCUUCAGUCACAUGUGGCACCUGCAAAUUUUACCAAGCAAAAGGGGCAUCUUAUUUAUUUAUUUAUUUGUAAUUAUUUCGUUUCAUCAGGACCCUAUUGAAGUAGGUUUCCUGAAUAAAGAUUGAAUGUUAUUUUUUUUUAAUCACUCUCAUAAUGCACAAGAGUCAGAGAGCUAUUUUGUGAUAUUGUGUCUUAAAAAUUAUGACUUGAAAUUUUGCUGAUGUAAUUUGUUAGCUGUAGUCUCAAACAUAGCCAUUGCUAACUAUUUCAUGCAAAUUACCUCUUUCUUUUUUUGUGGGGAGGAACAUUGCAUGAUGACCCAAGAUAGAGAUUCAUAGGAGAUUGUGUAGAUCAGACAUUAAUUUGAUGAAAAUCAAUUGAGUCCUCUUUUAAGCCUGGAACAAAAACGGGAAUAAUGCAGAGUGGUUCAGGUAAUUUUAUAAAGAGGAAUCAUUCUUGUAUCCUUGUAGGCACCACUUAGGUUUAAUGACUGGGAGCUGUACAAAAACUUCUUCUGAUCUCUCUGAAAUUUCAGAUUUCAAACAUUAACAUUAUGGUAUCCAUUGUUAAUAUCAGAGAGUGAUGUCUGUUCAAGCAGUUAUAAGUCAAAAGCUUACAAAGGAGUUUAAGGUAAACACCCACGAGUAUAUUUGUAAAGAUUUGUCAUUUUGGAUGUAUUUGCAAUAAUAUAACUUUAUAUGCAAACUGCUUUUUUCUUUCCAGCCAGUCUAUCUAGAUGUGAUCAAUGAGAGUUACAUGCAUAAUGUUCCAAAAGGUAAUGUUUCCAUUACAUGUUAUAUAAACAUUUUUGAUGAUACGUUUUACAUGUUCAGUUCAUGAUCAGUACAUGUCUCUUGAAGAAUAAUAAUACAUUUUUAAAAUUAUUUUGUUACUAAUAAACAACAAAUCAAACUAAAAGUAAGCAAUUCUGUAUCUGUUAUAGGUUCAGAAACACACUUCAAGGUUGUGGUUGUGUCAGAAAAUUUCAAUGAUAAACCUCUGAUACAGGUUUGGAUAUGUUACUGGUCAAAAUUGUUAUUAAGACAGGUUAAAAGUUUUAAACCCAGGUUGAUUCUCCAUUUCCCUCUGUCUUGUAGCCCUUAUUCAUGAAUCAUUAGGGCUAAAAGACAAAGGAAAUUAAAAAUUAACCUACCUGUAGGCUGAAAAAUAUAACCUGAAUUUAACUUUAACCUUAACCUCCUCCUUGUUGAGCUGGUGCUACAUGUUGCAUUCAGGAAGCAAUUUUGUGCUGAGGCCAAUCUAGUGACCUUAAGGUUUGUUUAGAGCAAAAAUAUGCAAAAAAUGGUACCGUCAUUUCAGUGGAAAUUCUAAUGAAUCUACUGAAAAUUUGAGGAAAGAAAAUCUUUCUCAGUUUGAAUGCAAUAGCUGAUUAACACUAAGGUUGCUUAAUAGCGUAGACCAAGCCAGUUAAUGGGAUUUCAUUUUGUUUGGUGCACCCUGGCAUAAAACGAUGGUUAAGUGGCAAACACACCCCAUAAAGUGCAUACGUGACCCACUCUAAACUAAAUAAUGUAAACUGGGUGGCAGUGACACACCCUAGUAAUGAGUGAUGCUGUAAGAUUGGUAGAAAAACAUCCAGCACGGUAUUGGAAGAGGUUUCUUAUGUGGUUUGUGCCCCAAUCAGGAAUGAGUAAACUAAAGGUGGGGUGGGAACCCCACCCUUUCUGCUAAAAGUUCAGAUAACAGUGGCAGGUGUGCAUCCUAAUAUGUCCCAAAUGAAGCCUGUAAUGUGCUUGCAAUGUCCUUGUAUGUCCCUUGAACUGAGGCGCUUCAGGCAGCUAACACACUAGGAACAGAAGGUGGAGUUCUUAUCUUGAGGGUAUACUUACUCGAGAGAUGUUGGAAAAAGGUGUGGAAAGUAUGGUGACCUUUAUGGUGACCUGUUAAAUCAUACCAUUGUUACACGGCGUACACCAUAUUAUAUGCAGGUCGAAGAUAAAUUAAUGGAAAAUAAUGCUCGCAUUUGGAAAUAAUCUGUUGAUACAGUGGAACCUCGCUCUUUGGACACCUGCUAAUAUGGACACCUGGAUAUAAUGGACAGUUCCUUUUGUUAAUUUUCUGUAAAAUUAACCUGCUAGACACUAUAUGGCAUGCCCUAUCAGUGUCUGUAUUAACUGGGUUCCACUGUUUUAUUUAUAUCUAAUACGUAUAAAGCUUUCAUAAACCUUGGAAUGUUGUCAAAUGAAGGGAAAAAACUGAUUUGCUGUGUUAGUUUCUCUCCUCCUUGAAAUCCUUAAUUUUCGCCUGCAAAAAUCACUAGAAAAUUUGUAUACAUGUGUCCAGCGGUUUCUCACCACUACAGCCAUCAAGGGGCCUCAUAACUAAAGCUCCUGUGUAAUCUAAACACAUUCUCAAUCAAAAUUGUUGGGACACUUUACUGUCUUCUUACUCUCCCAAUGUUAGUGUACAAGAUUUGGUGAGCCAAGUGCGAUAAAUAUCAUCAGGAGGAUGAGGAGACAGGCCAAGAGUAAAAAAAAAGCAUUCAGUUGAAGUGUCCCAACCAUUUUUGUCUGAGACUGCAGUUUUUUUUGAAAGAACUUAUGACUUAUAUUCACGAGUUUAAAUGAAAUGUCACUUUGUGAGUCAAAUUUUAUCAACAGAGGCACCGGAUGGUCAAUGAAACAUUGAAAGAAGAGCUGGCAACUGGUGUACAUGCCUUGUCAAUUCAGGUAAUAAGAUAAGUAUUAUAAACUGAAUUGAUAGCUUUUUGUGCCAACAUGAAAACAUCUGGUAUAGUAUGAACAGCAACAGCACAAACUCCAAUAAGUUAUUUGCACAUAUUGAGCACCAUAUGGGAGUGGUUGUCCAAGAGGUUUGGGUGCACUAAAUAACCAAUCUUCAUUUCUGAAUAUUUACUAGUAAUUCAAGUGUCUCAGUGGGUUCCAUUCCUCACUUCUACUCUUUUACUUCUGCUACAGCCUGAAUUCCUGUUCACACCGUGACAAAGAUUGGUAGAAACCAGUAUCUAGUAUAGUAGUACAUGAUGAUCCACUUUCAGGAUCAGUCUGGUACAGCUUUACCCACUAACAGAAUCGUGUCAGAAUCACUGUUAUUAUGUGUAAACAGAAGCCCUAUCUGAUGUGGUUUUCCAGUUGGCACUAUACACUGUAGCUACCUGGUAUAGUGUAAUGUUAGCCUGAGUAGCUUGACAGAAUGUAAGGCUGGCUAGCUAGAAUGAUUUACUUAACUGACUCACUGAUUGACUUGUAAUGACUGAGUGACUGAAAUGACUGCAGGUCCAAUUUUCUUUGACUAGUUGACAGGGUGCUGACAUGACUGACUACCUCCAAACAGGUUAUUAUGCAGGUCAUGCAUGAGAGUCUGUUCGUUCACUAUAGGGGACCCUAGAUUAUUCAUAUCUCUCCCUACUCAUGAUAAAACUGCAAGAUGUCACAAAGUUUGUCAUAAAUGGUGUUGUAAUUUUAUCAUAAUUCUUAGCGUUGAAAUGCUUUUAGUUAGGGGAGCUAGCGUGGCCAAGCAGUUAGGGUGCUGCACUUGUAAUUGGGAGGCGCUGAGUUCAAGUCCAGCCCUGACCGCCGUUAGCUGGAUUUGUUUUUGGUGGUGCCGAGCUCAAAUUCUUGGCCAUGCUUGUAAAAUAGCCGAUUGGUUUGCUUUGUAGCAGCUGGGAUUCUUAACUUUGUUAUGUUCCAUUUUGAUUAUUUGUUUCAUUAUCCAUGAAAAGCCCCAAAGAGGGGAGGAUAAGUAAGGUUUACACAUUUUUUAACAAUUUCAUUAAGUUUGAGACUGUAAAGCUUUAUUUAGUCUGUUACAGUAUUAUUUUUUUUUGGAUUGUGAAGCACAUUUAAUUGUAACAACAUGGAGUGACUUAACUGACCAGUUGACAUGAAUUACUGACUAAACUGCUUGACUGAUCAAUCCACACUCUAUGAUUGCAUGGUUGUCUGAGUUAGUGAUUGACUUAUUAAAAUAAUUUGUUUGACUGAAAACAUGACUGACUGACCACACAUAGGAAUACCUUACAGAAGACUGCUCUACUUGCUAAAUGAAUAAGAAAUAGUGUGUAGAAUCAAACUCCAGUCGUUAUACAUCUUUCAGGCCAAGACUCCAGGACAAUGGGAAUCAAGUGAAAAAAUAGUGACCAAGUCUCCACCAUGCUUAGGCGGCAGUGCCAGAUAACAACAUUGGGAGCCCAUACAAAUAAGGACUAUUCGUCUCGGGGAUUAUUCAACAAUAUUAACUUUACCAUUAUUAUUUUCAGCCAUUUUGAUAUUCAUAAAAGACAUAGUGCAACCUACAUUGAAGGCCUACUUUACCGAGCUCUUUUCUACUUGACUGUGGGGUGAGGGAUUGAAUGCUAGGGAAGCAAGUCAUGUAGGGAGACACAAAAGGGAAGAAAAAAUAAUGACCGCUACGUUUCAUUUUCUUCUUUUCCCAGUACUCACUAUGCCUCCAUGGAAUGGAGCCUGUAAAUAGCACUACAUUUUCAUGACUCCCUUGUAAGAGGGCUCAAUGCACUUCUCCCCUCCAAACUCAAACUCUCAUGGCGUUUUUACAGAUUAGCUCAACAGAUGACUGACCCCUCAUUUGUAAAUUGGCUACUUCUAUUUUUUAAUUUGUAUUUUCACUAAUAAAUAACUUAAUGGUCAAGUACUCUGUUAGUAAAUAUAGUCUAGUGUUAAGUUCUUCACACUUUACAGGUCAAAAUAAUUUUAUUACAGUGUAAAAAUUCUGUUGAAUGAAAUAAA